AUGACGGAUAACGAGUAUAAUUCGUCGGGAAACGAGUACCGACAGUCGGAAACAAGUUUUCCCGGCUUUUCCGAGGUUGAUUUAGAAGAUUAUGGCGGUGAUGAAAUUGAUUACAGCGAUUGGUUUAAGCUAGAUCAUGGGUUUGAUAGUGAUGUUGAAGCAAUUACUUGGGCUAAGAGUACUGCUAUAAAGAUUGGAUUUGAAUUAGUCAUUUCGUCACAUAAGAACGAGGGGAAAAAGAAGCUUCUACGAUGUGCUCGGGGUGAGCGUUACAGAGGUUCAUUCACAGAUUCUGAUUCCUUCGUACGGAAAAAUACGAAGACAAAAGCGUGUAAGUGCAAAUUUAAAAUUAUUGUCAAAUUAGGAAAGACUGCAUGGUUUAUACUUACAGAUCCUGGUAUUUCGAGUACACACAACCAUGCUCUAGCUGUGUAUCCUGAAGGAUACCGUCAGAUGAGUGGGCUGAGUGGCGAGGCGAAAGAAAUUGUGCGAGAUAUGAGUGCGGCACAAGCGAAGCCGUGUUCUAUCAUGGCAGCUUUAAAAGAAAAAGUACCAUAUGACAACCCUACAAUAAAGCAAGUGUACAACUAUAGAGAGACUUUGAAAAAGUCUAGCUUUGAGGGUAGAGAUGUGGUUGGGCAAUUUUAUCACAUGGCUCAGCAAAAUGAUUAUGUACACUGGACUCUUGCUGAGGAGGAUACAGGUGUGUUGACCCAUAUUUUCAUGGCUCAUCCUGAUUCAGUGAGACUACUUCGUACGUACUACUGGAUCAUCGGCAUGGACUCCACGUACAAGACGAACAAGUACAAGCUGCCUUUUUUUGAGAUUAUUGGAAUGACUCCUUGCAACAAGAACUUCAUAAUUGCAUAUGCAAUUAUGAAGGAUGAGACUGAAGGGAGCUACAGAUGGGUAUUGGAGAGACGGAGUGUCAGAGGUUUUCCCACGUUCUUCUCAUGUACGUGGCACAUAAAUAAGGACGUAGAAGAUAGAGUGUACAGAAUUAGUGGGAAAAACCAAGAGUUUGCUGAAAUUUUCAAGAAUAGUACAUGGAAGAAAAUUAUCAGAGCGCCAAGUUUUGAUCAAUAUAACAUAGCUGUGGAGCACUUCAGAGAUCGGUUUAAAGGUUUUCCAGGGUUGAUACAGUACAUUGAGGGGACUUGGCUGGGACACAGAGAGAAGUUCGUAUCUUGCUGGACGGACUUAGUCCUACAUUUUGGAAACACCACCACAUGUAGAGUCGAGAGCGCACAUGCUCAGCUUAAGCAGUGGCUCAACUCUAGCACCGGUGCUCUGGACACAGUCUGGACGAAGGUCGACAAAGUUAUACAGUCGCAGCUGAUAGAUAUCCGCAAAACACUUGAGGACUCCAGACGGACUAUUGGCGUACAUCGACGCGGUUUUCCAUUUGACAAGCUCUCAUGCAGAGUGUCGCAUUACUGUCUGGAUUUAAUAUCGAAAGAACUAAGGCGUAUGCGAGAAUUGAGUACCGAUGUCUACGAUCGCUGUGGUUGUGUGGUUAGAUCAACACAUCAGAUCCCCUGUGCAUGUGAGCUGCGAGCGGUGGUCGAUUCAGGUAACCCGAUCAGCCUUGACAGUAUACACCCGUUUUGGACGAAACUUGUUAUUCUCGGCGAUGGGUUGGACACAUCUGCGCAACCCGAUUUUGCUGGUUUUCAGACCGAGGAACAUCAGUAUUUUCACGAGGCCGCCGACGAGGUCAUGACUAAGGAUCCUUCAGUGUUGCGUGAUAUUUCUCGUAUUGUUCGAGAGCGACUUCACCCCGAAGACUUAGGCUACAUGGAACCAGAAGUUAAAACAAAUGUCAGAGGUCGACCAAAGGGGAGCAAAUCAACGAAGCGGGAUCCGAGUCGUCAUGAGUACAAGGACCGUGUACCUGGUCGUCCUAAAUCUUCCAAAGCUCAGAAAAAUCGUACAUCCGCGUCAGCUGGUUUGCAAAAUGCGGAGGUUAUUCCAGGAUUCCUUUUACCAUUCGUUGACGAGCUUGUGGACGUGCGUGGAGACGGCAACUGUGGAUUUCGCGUGGUGGCAGACCACAUAUAUGGUGACGAGAAAAUGUGGGGAAUGACUAGAAUGAACAUUGCAAACGAAAUCUCCGCCCACCCUUAUCGAUACGAGGGUAUUUUCAUUGAUGGGUUGCAAGCGGCCAUUACACGUAUUAGCUGGGAAGGCGGAGAGUGUGGCCCUAGCUACUGGAUGCAGGUAUUUAAUUGA